AAAAUUUUGUCCAUUUUCUUCUUUUCUCUCUCUACUUCCCAUCUCUCUCUAGUUCUUGAAUCUCCUCCUUUGGGUUUACGAUCGGGUUUUCACGGUCGAAGAGUGUUUUUAAUGAGUAAAUUGUUAAUGAAUUAGGUCGAAUUCUCCUUUACAGGGUUUCGAAUUCUAAUCCAACAAGAAAAAACAAUUCGAUCGCUGUUUUCUUUUCUUCUUCUUUCCGAAUUAGGGUUUUUAAUUCAUGGGUUUCGUCGAUUCGUGAUAAUAUUUCGAGGGUUUGGUUUGAUUCGUAUAAAGGUUCGCUCUUGAUUCUUUCUUCUUGAAUUUGAUUGUUUUUUUAGGUUAUUAAUGGAAAUUGGUUAGGUUUUUGUUGAUAUUGGUAUCGAUUUGAUUGAUUUUUUUGGGUUCUGGUGGUGGUGGGAGUUAAGGAGGAUUAUUAAGUUUUCAAAAACAAGAAACUCAGUGAAAAUUUUGGUGCUUUGUUUUUAAUAUGCUAACCGAAAUCGAGGGUUAUUCUUGUGAUGUUUAAAAUCUAGGGUUUUGAUUUAUUAUUAUAUAGUGUGAGAAAUAUUCUAUAAUCUAUAUAGGAUGACCUUGAAUUUUUCACGGCGUCCAUUGGAAGAGAAUUCGGGGAUUAGAAUCGGUAGUUACGCUAUGGAUGGAGGAUUUUCAGAGAAGAAUGUGGGAGUAGAUGGGUAUGUACGAGCUCACCACUGUCAUCAUGAUGCUUGGGAUUUUCUUGGGAAUUCUUUUGAUUCUGGAAAAGAUAUAAGGGGUGGUGGCGACUGGGUGAAUUCGCUUGAUCGUGCUGACAUUCUUGAUAUCUUACCUGCAGAUCCUUUUGGCAUGAGUGCAACUUUUACAGCAGCAAUUACCGGAUGGAUUGAAGAUUUUGAAACUUUCGAAACUGAUAGUUUGAGUUUUAUCUGGAAUAGUGCUAUGAAGAUUCAUUCGGAUAAUGAGGGGGGGAUGAUGAAUGAGAGAUUAAACAAUUCAUCUUGUAGAUUUGGGGAGAGAACUGGGGAGGAGUUUUUGAGUUUGGACAAUGGUGAUUCUGGGUUUGAUAGCAAUCAUAGAGAAGCUUCUGGGGAGAUUGCUAGUGCUAUGGAUAUAGAUGGAGGAUGUCCUGAGGGUUUACUGUUUGCCCUUAGCUAUCUGAAUUCACAGGAUCUUCUGUCUGUCGAAAGGGUCUGCAAAUUAUUGCGCUCAACUGUUCAGGGUGAUGCUCUUUUGUGGAGGGAUAUUCAUAUUGAUCAGCCAUUGAGUGAGCGGAUUACAGACGAUGGUCUUCUUCAACUAGCUAGCAGGGCUCAAGGAAGCUUGAGAACUCUGAGUCUGGUGAAAUGUUCUAGGAUAACAGAUGAUGGUCUGAAACGUGUGCUUGAAAGCAAUCCAACAUUAAUCAAGCUGAAUGUCCCAGGAUGUACAAAACUAACCGUUGAGGGGAUCGUGGAAAGCUUGAAGACUUUCAAGUCUACUAGUACACCAGGGAUUAAACAGCUAAGAGUUGGUGGACGUUAUGACGUGACACAGAUACACUUCGAAGAGUUGAUGUCCUUGAUAGGUGCGGACGGUUGCAAAGAGAAGUCUAAUGUUCUCAAGCCAAGGUUCUAUGGUCAGUAUUCCCUACCUUGUGAUGAUGAUUGUGCCAUGGAUAUUGAGGCUUGCCCGAAAUGUCAGAUGUUCCGGAUGGUUUACGAUUGUCCAGCAGAGAGCUGCCAAGGUAAAAAGAUGGAAUCUCAGUUAUGCAGAGCAUGUAAGUUUUGCAUUUUACGGUGUUAUCAAUGUGGUCGGUGCAUCAAUGGCAUCGAAUAUGAGGAAACAUUUUGUUUAGAGCCGCUUUGCUCAGGUUGCUGGAAGCAGGUCAUGAACUGCCAAGAGACCAGAUACUGUCUUCGUCUUUAUGGCUAGGGGCAUAUACCAACAGCUUUAGUUUGGAUAACAAAGCUCAAAUGCAGCCAUGUUUUUUUUUUCUGUGCUUCCUAGUCAGCAGGUUAUCGCUUCAGGUUUUUGAUAGAUUUCAGCUGUAGAGUGUAGAAGAUUAGUCUUACCUUGGGUAACCACUGGUUACUAAUGGUUUGCUCGGAAGGCAAUUGACUCAACAAAAAUUAUACAAAAAGUAAAAAGAAGAAAACAAAAAAAAAAAAUUGUACAUAGAAGUAAGCAAAACUUAGGGUGGUGUGGGGGGAGAGGUAUCACAAUCUGGAUCUCGCAAGGAACUGACUUUUUAAUCGUAUUUCAUUUGUUACGACAAAAGAAUUCUACUGGAUCAGAUGUUUUGGCAGUGGAGUUUGCAGAUUUUUAACAUCUAGUGAAAUGGAAAAAAAAAAAAAAAAAAAAGGAAAAAUAACAAAAAGAAGAAAGUUCUUUAUAAUUGAGAUUGAAUUUUGAAUGUUGCUGGUCUGGAGGGGGCACAUUUGUUCAGUAGCAUGAAGUUACAAGGUUAUAUUAAUUGAAAACAGAGAGGAGCAAAAAUUCUGGGUGGCAAUGAAAGAUAGAAAAGGAUUUGUAUAGAGUACAACAAGUUACUCGCUAAUAAUGAUACAUCAAAAUUGGCGAAAGAUUACAAGUUGUUCGUUAAAAGAAAAAUAAAAGAGCAAAGCAUGCCCUACUUUUUCGUGGCUAUAGCUUAAAACUUAUUCCAACAUCUCACUUGAAUCCACACUCUAGUUUUCUGUGCUUCGUUUCUGGUGUAGGCUCUUCAGGUUGGAGCUAAUGCCUUUUUAUGGCCACUGUUACCAUUGGAGUAGUUAAUGUUGCUGCGAUUGCGAUGGUGCAUGGUCAAUUGAGCUGGAAGAAGUUUUUCCUCAGUUGGAGUUUAAAAUUUGUAGGUUCGUUGGUACAUCCAUGAUGGCAACUCUGUUGUGGUGCAGAUUAGAAGAGUGAUUGGCAUGAAGAAUCCUUUUUGGCUAGUCAAUAGCAGGUUUUCUCUGUACCUGUGCUCCAGGAUUCACUAAGCCAGGGGUUUUAUUGGAUGGUCCAUGCAAUCUUGUAUGCUCACACAUAUUUCACGUAUCCAAGUUUGGAGUCAUCGAUUUCUUUGUCUUCUGUUUGCUGAUUUUCUAUCCUAGUACACGUUUCUGAAGUACUGAAGCAACAUUAACUUUGGGAAAAGUGUCUUCUGGUUGUUCCCCUAAUCCGCUUAGUAGAUAUUAACUAGGAGAGACUGAGUACCAGAGGGAGAUAAGAGUACCAAAAAAACUGAUCAUGAAGUUAAGACAGAUUUAGAAACAAGAAGACGUGUUCUUUCGAUGACGAAGUACCGGAAAAGAGACAACCUUGUCAUUGGGUAUGCAAAGGGAGGAUGUUUCAAUUACUGGGGUAUGCCUCGGAGGAGGUAGAAAGCAAAAGCAGCCGCAGCUGGUGUAUACCUCGGAGGAAGUAGAAGCCAAAAGGCAGCAAAGCAGCUACAGCUGUUAAAUGUGCAAUGCGUAUGGCUCGGAAGAGGUAGAAAGCAAAAGCAACAGAGCAGCUACAGCUGAUCUAUGCCUUGGAGGAGGUAGAAGGCAAAAGGCAGCAAAGCAGCUACAGCUGUUAAUUGUGCAAUGGGGAUUCUGCAUCCAGGUGAAACAUAGAAGGGGACUGCCCGAAAGUGCUAAAUUAUUUGUAUGGUGAUGAAGAGUAGCUGUAUUUGAUGAUAGGGUAAAUUAGUGCUUGAUGAAAUGGAAGACAUAGUUAUAAACAGCUCUGCACAAAAAGUGUUUAUGUUUCGGUCAUGUUUACCUAAACAGGGGCACCUUGUUCUUGUCAGGGCUUUACGUGUUUUGACAACCCCUAGGUUAUGGAAAUGCAGUUUCCUCAACAUAAUAAACACACUUUCAUUUUUCUUAAGA